AAGUAAUUAGCUAAAAGCGUAUCUGGUUGUGUAGACACAGGUGGUGGUGCCCUAUAAAGACUCGUCGCUUUAUUGAUCUUUGCUGUUUGUUUUCAGCUUAUAGGAACUCCACCUGGGUUCUUAAAUUAAAAACACACAAAACAUCUUUUAUCUCCUUGACUAAUUAUUCCCUAUUCCUAAAAGAAUAAUACUAACAAAUAUGACUUACCCACUAAGAACAUUUUUAAAGGACCAGGCAGCUGCUGAGCCCCUGCACUGUUGUUGCUCAUAGUUCACAGAGAAAAUGUUCUUAAGAGGAAGAAUCUGUCUUUGGUUAUAUGUCAGAACAGGUAUCAUUCUAGGAAGUGAGCUAAAUAGCCCAGAGCAACAUGGUAAAAAUAAUUGUUAUCAGCUUAACAAGUUUCACUGUAGCUUUGAGGAAGCAGAAAACUAUUGCUGUGUCCAGGGAGGACACCUUGCUUACACUUGGAACCGGGAAGUUCGGGAUCUUUUCUGGGACUUUCUAGAAGAGAGGAGUAAGUGGUGGAUUGGACAAAAUCUCAUGCUGCUGGGAAAACAUCAAGAAGAAAAACAACCCAGAUGUCGCAGCCAGCAGGGUCACAAAGCCCACCAGAUGCACUUACAUGUCCAGAAACUCCAACUGGAUCUCAUCAACAGUGCACUUGGGCUCACUGGGGCAUUCUUUCAGUUGCCAGGCUGUAUACUGUUGUUCACCAAGAGUGAAACAUCCUUAGGUAAAAUAGAAAGAGAUACUUCUAUCCUACACUUUUACUUGGACUCAACCUGCUUUCUUCUUUCUGUGGCAGCUGCUCACCCAGCAAUGGCAUGUCCCCACACUGCUGGUGCUAAUCUUGUCGCAGAUGAGCCAGCAGGGAGUUUGAACGAAGUGAUUCAUGGUUUGCAAAGUCACAGCAAACUACAGAGAGCUUGUGAGGUGCUCCAGAAACUGACGGCCUUUAUGCCAGAAUUUUCUAAGUCAGCUCAAGUUAGUGUCAUCAGUCCUCAUGUUUACCUGAGUGAGAAGUCACCAGAGAGCACAUUUCAGAGCAAAGCAGUCUGGGUUUCAAAAACCCCCAACUGCCUGCCUCUCCGAGUCCCUCGACACUGUGAUGGAAGCUGCUGGAGCAAGUCCACAGAGGUCCAAGCAUGCCAUCGAGCAGAUCCAGGUAUCACACGGCCUCUUCCUCGAUCUCUAAAGAGUCUCCGGCCAAGUGGCACCACUGAAGAGACCACCGUAGAAAAUAUGCUGGAAAUGGCCUUGCUGGCCCUUGGGAAGAUCAAGGGAACAUUUCUACAGCAGAACCAGUUUUCUGAGUCUUCAGUGACUUUGACCUCUAUCAUUGCUUCUCUGAUGCUGAGCAGCCAAAACAUGUCAACCUGGCCGCUGAGCUCCUAUACUCUAGGGUCCCCAGCAGCUGUGAGGUUAGGCUUUCCAAGGGCUUCAGCUUUUGAAGAGCUCUUGAACAGACAACCAGGAUUUAAUGUUCAAGUGAGUGUCAAAUUGAUUCUGACCCAAAUGGAGUUGGGAUUGAUGGCUACAGGUGUUUGGAUGCACCAUGAUACAUUAUUACCUUUCGGGGUGUUAGGUAAUAGAUUUCAGCAAUUGAUGAAACAAAUUUUCUUGUCUCUAGGUAAUAGGACUAGCUUCAGUUCCUUCAGGGAUUUUGAUGACAACAUUGUUGGAAGUAUCGAAAGUGUGUUGCUAAGCUCUAAUCAUAAAUUUUUCCAAGUCCAUGAUUUAGUGGAAGAUAUUGAGAUCAUGCUGUGGAGAAAUGUUAGCGUGGAAAUCUAUCCCACCAGCAUCAACAUGAGCUCAGACCAUUUUGUUAUGACAGUGAGCAUCACUUCCCUGGAGAAAUCCCUGAUCGUGUGCAUAGAACCUGAAAGUCCCCUUUUAAUGACGCUCUACCUGGGGUUCCAGUAUCAGCCUAACCACAUCCACUUCAACCUGAACAUCACCCUUCCAAAGAAUCAGGUAUGGCAAAAAGAUGAGGAAUGUACAGGGGUGCUGGCUCCAGAGAGUCUGCAGUAUGGGAGCAGCGCCUACUACACAACAGCUGUGCUGAAUAAAAGCCAGUAGAGUGCCCAGCGCACACCCACCCUGCUCUAGGCGGCAACUGCCGUCACUCGCUGUCAUUUCUGGGACAGCCACAACAGCACGUGGGAGACCAUAGCGUGCCAGGUUGGGCCACAGAGUACAGUUUUGAGGACACAGUAACUGCCAGAGGUCUGUAACUGCCUGACCUACUUUGGCAGCAACUUCUUCAUUGUGCCCCGGAUGGUGAACAUUGAAGACACUAUCAAGCUGCUCCUUCGUGUGACCAGCAACCCUGCUGGGGUGUCAUUGCUAGCCAGCCUUUUAGGAUUCUAUAUGCUCACCUUUGUGCGGGCUUGGAGGAAGGAUCAAACAUACAUGCAGAAGGUGAAGGUCACUGUCCUGGCUGAUUGUGACCCCAGCUCGUUUCACUACCUCCUGCAGGUCUCCACUGGCUAUCGAAGAAGGGCCGCCAUGCCAGCUAAGCUUAACAAAAUGAAUGUGGUUAUCACCCUCUAUGGAUCAGAGGGGCAGAGGGAGACCCAUCACCUUUGUGACCCCGAGAAGGCAGUCUUUUUUGAGCCAGAGCGUCUGGAUAUCUUCCUCCUCAGUACUCAGUCCUCUUGAGGGGAACUGCACAGCCUGUGGUUCUGGCAUGAUGAUUCGGGGGCCAGCCCUUCUCGGUAUGGAAACCGGGUAAUUGCCAGUGACGUGGCAGGUAAAAGGAAAUGGCACUUCCUGUCCAACUGUUGGCUGGCCAUGGACCUUGGAGAGAGUGAGCAUGACCGGGUCUUCAAACCAGUCUCAAAGAAAGAACUCUUUUCCUUUAGACACCUGUUUUCCUCCAUGAUUGUAGGAAAGCUCACCCAGGAUCAUCUGUGGCUCGGGAACCAGUUUACAAGAGUCCAGAGGCUCUCUUGCUGCAUGACCUUGCUUCUGUGCGACAUGGUCAUCAACGUCAUGUUCUGGAGGAAAACUGGCACCACUGCCCAGAGAGAUGAGCAAGGUAUGGGUGAGCCCGAUGUUGGGUCCAUUGCUAUGACCUGGUCCCAACUGUUCAUCAGCAUCCAAACCGCUGUCUUCCUCUUCCCUGUCAGUCUCGUAAUCGGGAGGCUCUUCCUGCUGAUCUAGCCUCAGGAACCCCUGCCUCUUUUUCCUUCCGACCAGGCUUCCUGCCUCUCGUAUGAAUUAAAGGAGACUGUGGGAUUCCUACUCUGGAGAAAUAUGUACCUACUCUCAGAGUUGGAACAACCUUUAUGGAGUCCUUCCAACAUUAACAAGCAGGUGAAGCUUUUACCCAGCCUCCUCUGUUCUCACGUAGCAGGUCACGGCUCUCAUCAGCGGGCAGGACCCCAUUGGUGUGAACCUCGGCCUGUAUUUUCAAUGGUUCCUGAAGGCCAGCAUCAUUUCUGUCAUUACCUGCUCAGAGUUCUGCAGAGGCUUCAAUCUCACUUAAGCGCACUGGGUCCCACUCAGGCUGACCGGCCUUGUGACAUCCUAGAUGCCACCAGUCAACUGCAAGAACUCCAGGAGCUCUUGGACAUACAUAUUCUUCCAACAGAACAGGGGCCAUUCAGAGAGGCAACCAGUUCCCCCCUCCUGAGCCCGGAAGAAGGGAAGAAGCCCAUCGUUAAUGGCCUGCCCCGAUGGUUGACUUGCAUCUCCUGGCUCCCUCUGGGUGUCACUAGCCCAGCUGAAGCCUUUUUUACUGCAUUUUAUAGUCAGGAACUGAACAAAAACCAGGCCACCAACUGGGUUAUUUCAGUGAUAUUAUCAGUGUUUCAGAACAUCUUCCUCAGCCAGCUAGUAAAGGCGAUCGUCCUCACAUUGUCCAUCUCACUGAUGCGGAACAGGAUGCCGUGUCUUACCAAAGAGAAGGAACAACAAACAAGGAGGAUCUUGGCACUCUUGGCACAGUGUUCACCAUUACUUGGUUCGAGAGAUAAGAAUAACCCCGUCUAUACAGCUCCAGCUUUCCACAGCCCGGGUAAGUGACCAGAAAGGACCUUGAAAGAGAAGAAACACUUCAAGCUGACGGGAGAUAUUUUGGUACAAAUCCUCUUCCUCAUCUUGUUGAUGACUGCGGUCUACUCAGCACAGAACUCCAGUAGGUUUUACCUCCAUCAAGCUAUUUGGAAGAGGUUUUCCCACCGUUUCUCAGAGAUCAGACUUCUUAAGCAUUUCUACCCACAGGCCACUCACCUUCCUAACCUUUAUGGGGAUUACAGAGGUAUGGACACAAGGAAAUACCAAGUAAAAUGUAGAGAUUCAGGAACAUUUGUAAUAGAUAAUCCAGGAAUAGUUGCACUGAUUUCAAAGACAGAGUCUGAAAGGAAGAGGGCACAAGCUUUAAAGACUCUUGACUCCAGGUAUUCUUUGUUCUCAGGUGCCUUCUUCACCUCUCUGAGGCUGGAUUUAAGUUCCCUUCAGGCAUCCAAGAGACUUUGGUCUGUUAUCUCACAAGUCCUCUGUUAUCUCCUAGUCUGUUACUACGCCUUCGUACAGGGUCAUUGGCUGAAACAGCAGAGGUGGCGGUUCUUCACUAGGAAAAGAAACAUCCUGGACACGAGCAUAAGCCUCAAUACUGUCAUCCUGGGUCUUGACAUGAAGCUUACUUCUCUGCAUAAGAAAAACAUAGCACAAUACCACUAUGACCGUAACAGGUUCAUCAGCUUCCAUGAGGCAAUAAUAGUAAACUCAGCAGUCGUUCACCUCAUGGGCUUCCUGGUUCUACUGGCAACUGUUCAGCUGUGGAACCUGCUGGAUCCUAACCCCAGGCUGCAGGUCGUCAGUAGAGCACCCAGCAAAGCCUGGGACAGCUUCCUGCUAUUCAUCCUGAUCCUGCUGACAGGCUAUGCCAUUGCUUUUAAUCUGCUGUUUGGAUGGAGCAUCUGGGACUACCAAACUUUUUUCAGCUCAGCAGUGACUGCUGUUGCUCUCAAGAUGGGAAUCUCUCAUCACAAGGAGGUUGUUGUUUUAGAGCCAACGGGUUCUUUUCUGAUCCUCACCAGUGUCAUCUUGAUAGUACUUGUGAUCAUUAACCUUUUUGUUGUCAUCCUCAUGGCCUUUGGUAAAGAAAGUCCCUUAAGGUAGGUAACUCUCUGGCUCAGUAACUGAAAUAUAAAUGUCAUGAUUCUUCUAUCAUUGGAAAAGCUCAACUGUUGCUGCUCUUAGGCAGACAUCAUGCACAGUAUUAGCAUAUUCCCUUUGUUGGUCUCUGCCAACCAUUUUUAUAGGAAACCCAGUUUACCAAGACUAUAUUAUGUUCUAUAUCCACUGUCCUAUAAACACCUGGUCCUGCGCUAUUUAGCAGAAACACUCCAAUGCCUGACAGUAAAUCAUAAAAGGAAAUUUCCAGUAUUACUAUUCAUACUUUUUUUUGGUAUCUUGUGGUACUUUUUCUCUCCAACAUCAGGAUCAAUUGUUAAUUUCCCCCACUUUUCUCCUUUUGUCUUUGAACAGACUCUAAAAAGAAGGUGCAUUCACACAUGGUGCUGCAGAGAGUUUGCUAGGAAUCCAGCGGCACCAGAACACAUGAGCAAAUGGUCAUGAUAGCAAUGGGCAUUAACAAUGGAGCCUGGCUCCAUUCCCAGCCUGGCUUAUUACUACUUAGCAUAUUAUUACUUAUCUUUGCAUGGCACAGUUCAGAAAAUUACCAAUGUUUAUAUAUAAUGCACUGUUAAUUUUGUAAAUCACUGAGGAAUCAAAAUCCCCUGUGGCUGCAAGUUCUUCUGUUUAUAGAGCACGGUCAGGAAAGGGUUAACCCUGUAAGAGUGAUACAGAAUAAUCCAGCUCUGCUGCCAAACAACAAGUAAAAAAACACUCAUCACCAAUGUUUCAGUAUGGCUGUGGGAAAUAGAAAUGAAUCACAAGUGGGCUCACAGCAGCUUACUUUUUUUUUUAAUGUUUAUUUUUGAGAGAGAGCACAAGUGGGGUAGGGGCAAUGAAAAGGGAGACACAGAAUCCGAAGCAGGCUCCAGGCUCUGAGCUGUCAGCACAGAGCCCAACAGGGGUUAGAACCCACUAACGGUGAGAUCAUAACCUGAGCUGAAGUCAGACGCUUGACUGACUGAGCCACCCAGGCGCCCUGACAGCAGCUUAAAGAUAAAUGCAUGAGGUUUGGGUAAUGGAGAGCCCUGUCCCAGAGGAGUAACCAAGCAAAUUCACAAAUGCUAUCUAGGCUUAAAUACAGAAGUUGAGGGGUGCCUGCGAGGCUCAGUCAGUUAAGCGUCUGACUCUUGAUUUCGGCUCAGAUUAUGAUCUCAUGAUUCAUGGGUUCAAGCCCCACAUCGGGCUCUGUGCUGAUAGUGUGGAACCUUCUUAGGAUUCUGUCUCCUUCUCUGCCCUUCCUCUGCUCACUCUCUUGCAAAAAUAAACAUUAAAACACACACACACACACACAGAUUGAAAUGGGCUCCUGGCUGCUGCAGGUCCCCAUGACCCAGGGAACCAAAGAGUUAAGGUCUGGCUUGUGCCCAGCAUGGGUCACUGCUUAAAAUAAUCUCCACUAAAUGCACCUCAUCAUUUGACCAAACCAAAUUCAGCAAGGUACAGAAUUUUUAACUUUAUUAUCAGCUACUGAGCUAUGAGAUAGAUACAAACCAAUCAAAAACACUAAAGUUGCUUGAAACAAGUAUAUACAUUACACUACACAUAAGCCAGAGUCCUACCUUCUGAUCCCAAAACCAUCCCUCUGGGGAAGGACAGCCUUAUCUACAGGGAAAAGGAGCACAUUAAGUUACAAUAGUAAUAGUCUCAUCCAUCUAGGAAAGUAGUGAACUACAGCCACGUUUUUUAUGGGCACCAAAAAAUUUUCUGAAAUCAGUCUUUAAAGGUUCUCUUAAUCAUAAAGUUUUCAAAUGAAAACAAGAACCCUUCUUCUCCUGUAGGCAUUCCAGCUCACUACCCAAGAGAUUUGAGUACUUCUAUUAAGGCAACUGGAAGCCCACCUUAGCCUUGAAUGGUGACUUCUGCCCAACAUGUGACCUGUCCGCCAUUUGCCAGUAAAUGCAAUCCAACAGAACACGCUAUGGGGAAAAACAGGAAUUUAUGCAGUGUUGCCCUCUGGUAAAAGGAGAACACAGCACUCAAAGCAAAAGGCCACGGAGGGCUCCCUGAGAAUCCAGCAGAACUAAGAGAAGCCUUCAACUUUCCAAAUAAACUUUGCAACUGGAUCCAGGUAGAACAAUGCCCUGCAGCAAGAAGUAGUGUGUGUAUAUGCCAAUGAGAGGACCCAGCUUCCAAGAACUGUUAAAGAGGCUUCCAGCAUCAGUCUCUCUUCCCAUUCAUAUUACACCUUUUUGUCUUGAUUCUUGCUCACCACAAAUCCCUCUGUACAGAGGGGUUUGUUUCUAAAUCUAGAACUUCAGCACAGGACUGAGAGAGACUUCAUGAAGUAAUGUCCUCCGUGUCCAGCCAUCUUUGGCAGCUCUCCUCACAAUGCUUUCACCUUUUCCCUACGGAGGGACAGAAGGACAGGUGACGGGCGAACCUGGGAUCACACUCAAAGGAGACGAACAAGCAAGGUUGCCAAGGCUGCUCUGGCCUCGUUGACUCUAAUUGUUAGUCUCUUAAGAGCAACAGAGAACUGGAAAGCAGCAGAAUUUAGAGCAGGAAGAGAGCCCAAAGGAAAAGUGUGCUCAGUGAUGGUAAAAGAUGAAAAAGAAUUGCACGGAGAUUCUUUGUUACAAGGAGAAACAGUGCCGUCUCAAAUCCCAGAGCCUGGAGGUUGCCUGGCUUAAGAGAUCUAGGUUUUCUUUUUUAACUCUUCAAAUCUCCGGGAAAGAUCAUCAAAGUCAAUGUCCUCAGAUGCUGAGGUGUUGGCACCAGCAGAUGCAGUCGGUAGUGUGUCUGGCACAGACGGCAACUCUGGUAGUACAAAGUUGUCGCAGGUGUCCACAGGUCUGGAAGGGGGCUUUGCGGGGGCUUCCGGCUUGGGCCCAGGACC